UGCCUUGCAAAAUUUUUUUCAUAUAUUUGUAUAUCUUUUUAGGAGUUCAAAAUUGUGUGUACAUUUUAUUUGACAAAGGAAACAUGGCCUUGAUGCGAAUUCUACAGAGCCAGGUGACAUCCCUGACGUUUAAUUUAUACCAGCAGCAACCGAGCCGCACGAAGUCCAAUUUCACCAAAUCGAUGCACCCGAUGAAGGAGUGGAAGAGCAAGGGCAGGGGACUCAAGAUUAGCGUGGUGGGAUCGGGACAGGUGGGCGCGGCUAUCUGUUCGUGUCUACUCCUUCGCAAGGUGACCCAGAAUCUGGUCAUCAUGGAUGUCAAAUACAACUUGGCCCAGGCGGAGACUUUGGACUUGUUGCAUGGUUCUGUCCUGUUAGGCAAUCCUCGAAUUGUGGCCUGCUCCGAUGGCUCACGCACCAAGGACUCGGACAUAGUGGUCAUGACGGCUGGGGCGCGACCCUCCGGCAAGAAUCGAUCUCGUCUAGAUGCGAUGCACGGGACCAUGGAGAUCUUCAAGGCUGCAAUACCACUACUGGUGAAGCAGAGCCCCAAUGCUAUCUUUGUGAUCGUAUCAAAUCCCGUCGAUGUCAUGACCUUUGCAGUACAGUGUCUGGCAAAACUGCCCAAGCAUCGCUGUUUGACCACCGGCUGUCACCUGGACUCGUUACGAUUCCGUUAUUUCAUCGCCGAGCGCCUUAACGUCCCACCGGCGGAUGUUCAGGCCUAUGUGAUCGGGGAACAUGGUGUUAGUGCGGUGCCAGUCUGGUCCUCCGUCUGCAUUGGCGGCAUUCAGCUCAAGGAUGUAAUCAAGGAACUGGCUUGUGGCGAGGAUCCGGAGAAGUGGUGGAAUUUUGAGGAACAGGUCACCACAGCGGGUGCAUCGGUGGGCAAGGUCAAAGGAUACACCAACUGGGCCAUUGCCGCCACUUGUACUGAUGUCGUGGAGGCGUUGACCAGCGACCAGGGCAAGAUCCUCUGUGUGGGCACUGAUAUGCAGGGCCUGCACGGUAUAGAGCACAGCGUUGUCCUCUCACUGCCCUGCCUGGUCAAAUCGGGUGGCAUAAGCCAUGUAUUCGAGCUCCCACUAACGAGUGCCGAACAGGAGAAGCUAAAUGCCUCUGCGGAAAGUCUGAUUGAUGCACAGUGCUCGCUUAAGUUUUGAACUUGGAAAUUCAAAACUGUUGGGAUUCUCCUGGAAGUUUGCAGUUUUGAAUUUUAAAGAAUUCAAACCUUAUGGGAUCGGCACUUCCAAGAUACUGGAAUUCCAAAAAGGGUUCAAUUUGGUUUUCCAGAAUCCUUCCAAAGGUUUUAUUUGUUCAGAGAGGAUGCUGCAAACUAAUUUUAUCUCUUGGAACAUUAUUACCUAUCUGCAAACAUAAGCAUGCCUUUUACGAGUUUCGUCACAUAUACUCAUACAUAUAUACUUCUCCUCAAAAAGAAGCCAAGAAAAAUCACUAGUAAACGCUUGAAAAUAUUUAUAUAUACAAUGUA